AAUAUAAAAAAAGAUUUGCAUGACGACCGAGAGCGCUGAAGCCGUGCGGCAGCUCCUGCGGAAAGACAUGCAGCGCGAGCAUGCGCUCCACGCCGACCUUCUUCAGUACAUUGGCCUGCGCGAGGAAGACUUGUCCUCGGCGAGCCAGAAGCACAUCCGCCUCAUGGCCCAAGCGGCGAGUGUGCUCGAGCUCAAUACGACCGACGUCAGCGCGUAUGUGGCUGCGAUCUCCGACCUGUGCGAAAAGUACGACGCGCUCCAUGCGUCCGUGAGUACGUGGCGCCGCCACGAAGCAAAGCAACUCAAGCGCAAGCAAGAGCUGCACAACGAGCUGCGGGAGAUGGAGCACAUGCUUGCGAUGCUUGAUGCUGCGUCCCAAGAGCGUGAUGCGAUCGAGAAUGUGGCAACGAUGGACGGUCGCCUCAAAGAAUAUACAGGGAAGCACGCCGUGUAUGCCAAGGAGAUUACGGUAGGCCAAGCUCGACAAGAACCUCGCGGACCGUGGCUACUUCCACGUCGCAUCGUCCUUGCACCACGACGUGCUCGUGCACCUCGAGCAGCAGUGUGCGCAACUCGAAGCUGCCAACAAUGAGGUCCGCGCCAAGGUCGAUCGCUUCCAGGACCUCCCGCCCAACCUUGAGCUGGCCAACGCCACGCUGUACAAAGCCCAAGAACGAUUACAGCAGCUUGAAGCAGACUUUCAGUCGCGCGUGCAUAGCAUGGUCUAAUCGACGUGGAUCCGCUGCACUUUACAUUAUCGCACGUGUCGUACCCUCCCAACACUAGAA